GUCCCUCUGACCACCAACAGCAGACAAGGUUGGUGAAACGUCUUGCCCAAGGACUCAAUGAUGACAGCGGACAAAACACGUGCUCAUCCCAUCAAGCUAACAGUUACUAGGCAAACUCCUACUUGCGUUGGCAUCAUGGCCAGAUGAGUUUCUUGGUUGAGUUCUCUUAACCAUCUGCUGUUCUCCCUUCUACUAUUCCCUUAACUUUUUUGCAAUCAUCCAGACUAAAUUACAUUCUGACGUCCCUGGAGGUGUGGAUCAGGGAGUCCCUGCGUUGCUCACUCCCAGCAAACAGCUACAUAUAAUCAGAGGCGGUGACUGACAGUAGACCUGUAUAUAUACACCCACCGAUCGGUCCACUCAGUUAUUCAUCAACGAACACCAUGACUGGAAGACUUUGGCUGGGGCUUCUGGUCAUUUGUGUUGCAGCAGGCAUGUCUGGAUCAAGAAAGGCUGAAUGUCCUGAUCCAGAGAUAUUUGUAUGCACAUUAAGUGUGCGCCCUGUGUGUGGAAGCAAUGGUCAGACUUAUGGAAAUGAGUGUCUCCUCUGCAAGGAGAUGCAUAAAACCAAAGAGAAAAUCUCGAUCUCCAAAGAUGGACACUGCUGACCUGGAUGGUUUAUCAAAUCAACACCAUGAGGUGCCCAGAAAAAUCCAUCGUUGUCUCAUUGUAAUAAAGUCUUACGUUUGAUCAA